AUGUCAUGGAGGAAGGGUUUCUUGACCUUCUUGAUGUUGUGUCUAAGUGUGUCAUCGGAGGAGAGAUUGCCAUACGAGUACUUGAAAGUUCCGGCAAGUGAGUUUGUGAGCUCCAUAAACACAAUAGUGGAAGUAAUAAGACAAGUGAGUUCGAUUCUGUCCCAGUUUGCGGAUUUUAGUGGCGAUCGGCGGUUGCAAAAUGCGGUUUCCGAUUGCCUUGAUCUGAUGGAUUUUUCUUCAGAUGAGCUGAGUUGGUCUGCUUCUGCUUCUCAGAAUCCUAAAGGGAAGGGCAAUGGGACAGGGAACGUGGGAUCGGACACAAGGACAUGGUUAAGUGCUGCUCUCUCUAACCAAGACACUUGCAUGGAAGGUUUCGAUGGUACCUCUGGCCUCGUCAAAACCCUUGUCGCUGGCAGUCUCGAUCAACUAUAUUCUAUGCUUAGGGAUCUAUUACCACUUGUUCAACCCGACCAGAAACCCAAACCCGUUUCUAAACCUGCCCCAGUUGCGAAAGGACCAAAGGCCCCACCAGGACGGUCACUCAGAAACACUGACAACGACGAGGAAAGCCUAGGAUUCCCGGACUGGGUCAGAUCGAGUGAUCGGAAACUGUUAGAAACAAACGGUGUGAGUUACAACGUUUGUGUAGCAUUAGAUGGAACAUGCAACUUUACAAAGAUAAUGGACGCUAUUAAGGAAGCUCCUGAUUAUAGCUCGGAACGUUUCACCAUAUACAUUAAAAAAGGUUUAUAUUUGGAGAAUGUUGAGAUCAAGAAGAAGAAAUGGAACCUCGUAAUGUUAGGUGAUGGCAUUGACGUGACCGUUAUUUCCGGUAAUCGCAAUUUCAUCGAUGGUUGGACCACUUUCCGAUCAGCAACAUUCGCUGUAAGUGCAAGAGGAUUCCUAGCGCGAGAUAUAACAUUUCAAAACACAGCGGGGCCAGAGAAACAUCAGGCGGUAGCUCUGAGGUCGGACUCUGAUCUCUCUGUGUUCUAUAGAUGUGCAAUGAGAGGUUACCAAGAUACACUCUACACGCACACCAUGCGUCAGUUCUACCGCGAAUGCACCAUCACGGGAACGGUAGACUUUAUAUUCGGGGAUGGGACCGUCGUGUUUCAAAACUGUCAAAUUUUGGCUAGAAGAGGACUACCUAACCAAAAGAAUACCAUCACUGCACAAGGUCGGAAAGAUGCCAACCAACCCUCAGGAUUCUCAAUUCAGUUCAGCAAUAUCUCGGCGGAUUCAGACUUGGUUCCAUACCUAAACACGACACGCACGUACCUAGGAAGGCCAUGGAAGGAAUUUUCAAGGACUAUAUUCAUGAGGAACAACAUGAGCGACGUUGUGAGACCAGAAGGAUGGCUCGAGUGGAACGCCGACUUUGCUUUGGACACACUCUUCUACGGAGAGUUCAUGAACUACGGGCCUGGUUCAGGACUCGGAAGCCGAGUCAAAUGGCCUGGUUACCAUGUGUUGAACAACUCGGAUCAGGCUAACAAUUUCACCGUUUCUCAGUUCAUUGAAGGAAAUCUUUGGCUGCCUUCUACGGGGGUAACGUUUACUGCUGGUUUGGGCAUCUAA